CCGCCCUCCCGCGGAAUGUGGGGCUUUGGAGCGAGCGAGGUGGGAGGGGCGGAGGCGGGAGGCGUGCUAGGCCCGGGCGGCGGUAGAGGCAGUGGCCGCCGCGGACGGUGGGAGGAGCCGCGCGGUUCCGGCUGCCCCGGCGAGGCGACCCUUGGGUCCGCGCCGCGGGCGGGGAGGACAGGCGGCGGCAGCGGGGACCAUUCUCACCAGGUCCGGGUGAAAGCCUACUACCGCGGAGAUAUCAUGAUAACUCAUUUUGAACCUUCAAUCUCCUUUGAGGGCCUUUGCAAUGAGGUUCGAGACAUGUGUUCUUUUGACAAUGAACAGCUUUUCACCAUGAAGUGGAUAGAUGAGGAAGGAGACCCAUGUACAGUAUCAUCUCAGUUGGAGUUAGAAGAAGCCUUUAGACUUUAUGAGCUAAACAAGGAUUCUGAACUCUUGAUUCAUGUAUUUCCUUGUGUACCAGAACGUCCUGGAAUGCCUUGUCCAGGAGAAGAUAAAUCCAUCUACCGCCGAGGUGCACGCCGCUGGAGAAAGCUUUAUUGUGCAAAUGGCCAUACUUUUCAAGCCAAACGUUUCAACAGGCGUGCCCACUGUGCCAUCUGCACUGACCGAAUAUGGGGGCUUGGACGCCAGGGAUAUAAGUGCAUCAACUGCAAACUCCUGGUCCAUAAGAAGUGCCACAAACUUGUCACAAUUGAAUGUGGGCGGCAUUCUUUGCCACCGGAACCAAUGAUGCCCAUGGACCAGUCAUCCAUGCAUUCAGACCAUGCACAGACAGUAAUUCCAUAUAAUCCUGCAAGUCAUGAGAGUUUGGACCAAGUUGGUGAAGAAAAGGAGGCAAUGAACACCAGGGAAAGUGGCAAAGCUUCAUCCAGUUUAGGUCUUCAGGAUUUUGAUUUGCUCCGGGUAAUAGGAAGAGGAAGUUAUGCCAAAGUACUGUUGGUGCGGUUAAAAAAAACAGAUCGUAUUUAUGCAAUGAAGGUGGUGAAAAAAGAACUUGUCAAUGAUGAUGAGGAUAUUGACUGGGUGCAGACAGAGAAGCAUGUCUUUGAGCAGGCGUCCAAUCAUCCUUUCCUUGUUGGGCUGCAUUCUUGCUUCCAGACCGAAAGCAGAUUGUUCUUUGUCAUAGAGUAUGUUAAUGGAGGCGAUCUAAUGUUUCAUAUGCAGCGACAGAGAAAACUUCCUGAAGAACAUGCCAGAUUUUACUCUGCAGAAAUCAGUCUAGCAUUAAAUUACCUUCAUGAACGAGGGAUAAUUUAUAGAGAUUUGAAACUGGACAACGUAUUGCUGGACUCUGAAGGACACAUUAAACUCACUGACUAUGGCAUGUGUAAGGAAGGAUUACGGCCAGGAGACACAACCAGCACUUUCUGUGGUACUCCUAAUUACAUUGCUCCUGAAAUCUUAAGAGGAGAAGAUUAUGGUUUCAGUGUCGACUGGUGGGCUCUUGGAGUGCUGAUGUUUGAGAUGAUGGCAGGAAGGUCUCCAUUUGAUAUUGUCGGGAGCUCAGAUAACCCUGAUCAAAACACAGAGGAUUAUCUUUUUCAAGUUAUUUUGGAAAAACAGAUUCGCAUACCACGUUCUCUGUCUGUAAAAGCAGCAAGUGUCCUGAAGAGUUUCCUCAACAAGGACCCAAAGGAACGAUUGGGUUGUCAUCCUCAAACAGGAUUUGCUGAUAUUCAAGGACACCCGUUCUUCCGAAAUGUUGAUUGGGAUAUGAUGGAGCAAAAGCAGGUGGUACCUCCCUUUAAACCAAAUAUUUCUGGGGAAUUUGGUUUGGACAACUUUGAUUCUCAGUUUACGAAUGAACCUGUCCAGCUCACUCCAGACGAUGAUGACAUUGUAAAGAAGAUUGAUCAGUCUGAAUUUGAAGGUUUUGAGUACAUUAAUCCUCUUUUGAUGUCUGCAGAAGAAUGUGUCUGAACUUCUCAACUAUGCAUUUUGCUUGUGUUGCCAUUUAAUGCAUGGGUACACUUGUUACCAGCCUGGAUGCAAUGAACCAUUUUAUAUUUUUCACCUACAAAACAGAGCAUUCAAUAGUUGUUGACUGUAAGAGUCAAUUAUUAAAUCUCAGUUUAACUGUGAAAAAAAUUAGUUUCCAGACAAUCGUGUCAAAAGUUGGUUACACUGGUAAUCCAGCAACCUACUGAUGAAUAAUAAAGUUGUCUUUUUUGUUUAAAGGAAAUACUUACCUAAAAAGAGUAUCUAUUGCAUUAAGACACAUGGUGGGAUUACAUCAUGAGCCUCCCAUGAUUGUUGUGACACUAUUAAGUAAUUUAAGUGUUUAAAUUUUGGAAUAAAAGAGCAAUUCAGAACAACUUGCUUUAUUACCUAUUACUUUCUGACUUUUUGGUGGUUUAAAAUUCAGCUGUAAAUUUUAUCAUUGCCUUGGAAAAUUAAAUUAUUGAUUUUUAAGGCAAUAGUUAUUAAAUUGGUAAUAAAAGAUGUCGCUUGCUUAGAAUUGGGGAAUAUAGAUUCUCCUUGAGGAAAAAAAUAGGCACAUUUUACUAAGAAUCAGAUUCCAAAUCAUUAGCUGUUUUUGAAGAACUGAUUCAAGUUAUUUCUGUAGUAUAUUAGAGGGUUGUAUUCUGUAGCUUCUUGGCUUGUCCCUUUAACCAGAACUUUAACUGGAAUAUUAAUAAAUGUAGUUCCAAGGACCCAGGAUGCAGUUAAAUGGAACAUUUCUUGUAUAUUAAAAGGAAAAAAUUAGAAACUUAAAACAGACACAGAAAAUUAAACUGUAAUAUUUAUUUCUUAUUGGAGGGUAAAUCCCGUGGUUGCUUUUUGUGAUUUUAUUUAAAUAAUAAGGAAGCACUCACUUGUUACCAAACUUGUAAAAGCAUUCCGUUAUCCAGUGGACACAGAAUGUAUACGAUUUUUUCCUUGUAAUUUAGUAUACAGGAAAAUAAUUUAUCUUCCAAAUGGUGUCUUAACCUUGCUUGUUUCUUCUCCCAAACCACAUUAUCCAUACUUUUGGACCCUGUUUAUGGAGUCAUCAAUGAAAUCCAAGAAAAAUAAUAAAAUUAAUAAAUGUUCAGGAUAUGCACAUAUAUUCAUAUUCAUCACAGUUCCAGCUCCUUCAAUGAGUUUUUGUUAAGUGGGUAACACAUGUAAUCAGAAUAGAAUACAUUUCAGAGGCAGAGUUCUUCAGAUUAUAUUUUAUUAAUAUUAGUGUUUAACAAUUUAUUAUUUAAAGUGAUGCCAGUGAUAGCAUCCUUCUGUUUAUUUUUAAAUAUUUUUUUUAUUUAAAGGGAUUUUAAAAAUAACCAUGAUCAUUUAAAUUACUUACAAUUGUCCAACCUUAGUAAAAUGUAAUUUUUAGAAGAGCUAUCUAGUCUUAAAUUUAGAAUGAUUUAAAAUAUAUAGGCAUUUAAUAAAUUAUCUCUUUUUUUAGAUGCUGCAUUUCAUUUGAAAUGUAAUUUUUCCAAAGUUUCUGGCCAUAUACUCUCUUUUCUUCUAAUAACUAAGUCAGAAAGCAGUGAACACCUCAAAGGAAACACUUUCAUACAUUUAUUUAACUGGUAUAUGUGUUUCUCUUAAUACCUGAAACUUGUUUUAAAACAAAAAGCAGUAUUCACUUCAAAUCAUAAACUUUUAGAAAAUUCUGGCAUCUUAUGUCAGAAAUAUGCUUGUGAUCUUGCUUUUAAGUGGUACUGUUUCCCUUCGGGCAUUAGUAUCUCAGAUGUUAGAAUGUGGAAUAAUCACCUAGUAAGUUUGUUUAAAAUGCACAUUACUGGGCCCACCUUAGAAUUCUGUUGUGUCUUUGGACCUCAUUUUGAAAAACACUUUAAAUUCUCCGAGUUAUUUUUUUAUUUUGUCCUUAGAGCAUUAGAGUAUUCAUGAUAAAAUAUUUUGCAAAGGGUAGACAGUGAGUUACUAUCUUAUCUACAAUUUUAAAUAAAUUUUGAAUGAAAGACAUCUUCAACUUAGAUAUCUUCUCAAAAAAAAAAUCCAUCAGUUUUCUAUCAGUAAUGUUACAAAUGAUGAGCAUUUUUCUGUGAUGAGGUUUUAACCAUUAUUCAGGGUGGCCUUUUGUUUUUAAAUCUUUUUUUUAAACUAAUAAAAUUUACUGUGUAUAUUUUAUACAGAAUUGCAUUACAAAUAUGUUUUUAAUUGUAUUCUUUUUUUUGUAGUCUUUAUGUGCCAUUGCCAAUUCUUUUUCUAUUACAUAGAUGUUUUCUCAAAUUACUCACCAGGGGACUAAGGCAGUUGAGAGUCAGAAUGGUUGGAAUUUUGGUGUUCUAAGAAAAAAUCUCUUUUGCAGAAGCAUGUGUGUGGUCAGGUCAUUUUAUGUGUGUGCAGCCUGAAAUGGAUAUCAGGUAUCGUGCUUGUUUAGUACCUAUACAUUUACUUUUAAAUUUUUUUAAUUUUGAUUUUUGUCUUCGUAUAAUGUAAUCUGUAUUUGUGUACCUUUUUUUUUUUACUUUAAAAUCUUUAAAUAAAAUGUUUAAUACUCAUCAA